UGCAAAUGUGAAGAUACAUGGUCCGGAUGUAUAAUGGGAGACACUGGUUACUAUCUUCCAACCAAGUUCUCCAAAUGUGAUAUUGAGGAAUAUCAUGAAUUUUUAAACAAUGGAGGCGGAGUCUGCCUUUUCAACAAGCCUUCCAAGCUCCUUGAUCCCCCAGAAUGUGGCAAUGGUUUUGUUGAAACUGGGGAAGAAUGUGAUUGUGGUGCUCCAGCAGUAAGUUUAACAUUGCAUGACUUAUUAGGGGCAGCUCUUCCAUUUUAGUUAAGAGGCUGUUCUUAAUUAAUUUAGGUAACCAAAAAGCC